AUGCCUCGCCACGCCCUUCUCCCGCCGCGUCUCCGUCUCGCGCUGCUGCUCGCAGCAGUCGCCGCGUGCGUCGGCGCAUUGGUGACUGUAACGGGGUCGCAUGUGGCGGGGCGGGAGUGCGUGAGCAGCUUCCCGCGGCUGUGCAAGUUCGUGGACGAUCUGCGCGACUCCAUUCCCGAGCAGAUCGACGCCGCCACCGGCGCGCCCAUCCGCAUCGGCGCCUACCAGAUACGCCAGAAGCUGCACCGCGACCUGCCGCCCACGAAGCUGUACGCGUAUGGGCGCACCGCCUCCACCGCGCACUACCCCGGCCCCACGCUCGUCGCCCAGCGCGGCGUGCCCACCAAGGUGUAUUGGGAGAACCACCUGACGGACCGCCACCACAUGUUCCCCGUCGAUUACACCCUCGACGACGUCCCCCGCCCACUGCUCGGCGGCAUUCCCAUUGUGACGCACCGGCACGGGGGCGAGCAGCCGUCCUUCUCAGACGGGCACCCCGAGGCGUGGUUCACCCAAUACAGCGAAGUCGGGCGCGCCUUCCGCACGCGCCUGUACCGCUACCCCAACCACCAGCUGCCCACCACUCUCUGGUACCACGACCACACCAUCUCCAUCACGCGUCUCAACAUCGCUGCUGGCCUCACCGGCUUUUUCGUUCUCACCGACCCGCGCGGGGUGGAGAGAACCCUAAACGCCUGGCUGCCGCAGGGGGAGUUCUGCGUGCCGCUCGCGCUGUCGGACCGGAGAUUCUUUGCCAACGGGUCGAUUGAUUACCCGAGCCAGGGCGUGGUGCCGCGCGUGCACCCCCACUGGGUGCCCGAAUACCUGGGAGAUAAAAUCCUCGUCACUGGCAAGGUGUGGCCGUACCUGAACGUGCGGAGGGCGCUGUACCGCUUCCGAGUGUUGGGGGCGGCCAACACGCGCUUCUUCAAUCUGCGCUUCGUCUGCGCCACCCCCCGCAACUACCCCCACUUCACUCCGCCCUUCUCUGGCGACCAGCUGCCCAUCAUCGUGAUUGGGUCGGACGGGGGGUACCUGCCGCGCCCAGCGGUGCGCACAUCCCUCCUACCAGUGACCAACGACACGGCUGUCGUCAUGCGCUUCAUUGUCGACCACCACAGCCCCCGCCUGCCCGCCCCGCGCAUUCCCAAAACCCUCGUGCCGGUGCCCCCCGUGGACACAUCCCAGGUGGUGCUGGAGCGGUGGAUCACCGCCGUGGAGGAGACCGACCCCGCCACCGGGCAGUCCAUCCGCCUGCUGCUGGGCGGCCUGCCCUAUAGCGCCCCGCCCACUGAGACUCCCAGGGAGAACUCAGAGGAGCUGUGGCAUCUGAUCAACCUGACGCCCGACGCGCACCCCAUCCACCUGCACCUCAUUCAACACCGCCCCCUGUGGCGCCGCCCCUUCGACCUCGCCGCCUACAGCAGCGGCGCCUGCUCCUUCACCAACUCCUUCUGCCCUCCUGCUUCACUGGCGCGCAGCAGUCUGUGGCCGCGUAUGAGCGCGGGUGGAAGGACACCACCAUCCUGCCGCCCGGCACCGUGCUCACCCUCUGGACGCCCUGGUACUCCCAGGAUGGCACGCCCUUCCCCUUUGACGCGACACGCGGACCGGGGUAUGUGUGGCACUGCCACAUUGUGGAGCAUGAGGACAACUCCAUGA